AUGGCUUCUAAUUCAGGUAACGGGUCGCCAUUCAAUGGUCGUGAGACCGUCAAAGGGUUUCCGCACAAUAGCCAAGAUGCUCUCCAGGACACGGACGACUCGACUAGCCAACAACCUGCUUCGGCCACAAAGAGCAGCAAGAAUAUAUUCAAGAAUUUCUUCAAGGGGUCGGGUAAGUCAGAUAAGUCUGGCAACUCAGUUAAUGCCAGCAGCAAGAAGCCAGGAUUAUGGAAAUAUCCGGAGGCUCUCCCACCACCAACGCCAAUGCAGAUUCAUCAAAUCAUGCAUGCCUCACCAGAGCACCUUGCCAAAGUAGCUGCUGACAAGGCGAAAGAAGAUGCUAAAAAGGCAAAAGAAAAUGCUGAACUCAAACAGCAAGGAAAUGUACAAAAUCAGGGCAACUCAGAAGACAACAACCACUCAACUGAUUCGGUGGUUGUUUCACCUCCCACUGGUAUGAAAUGGUCAUUCGACGGAAAGUCUAUGAUCACUUACAAGGAGCCUGGCAUUAAUCACUUUAACCCCGAACAAUCUGGAGAGCCAGGCACUGCAGUACCUCAGGGCAUAUGGCCAGGUCAGACUACCAUCCCACAUGGGGCCUACCAAAGAGAAAUGGUGCCCGGAAUGGUUCCCAGAAUGUGGAACGAAGCUUCUGCUUCUAUCAGCGGACCAGCAGUUUGGACGGAUGUGCAAGAGGUUGGCGCCUUUGGGUCGUCCUUCCCUGAUGGCUAUCCACCGGAGCAUGUUCACGAGCCUCGAUCUGAGCCGCCAUCUCAUCCUAUCGACAUGAGCCUUCUCCGAUCUGUAUACGAGAUUGCAGAGGCUGCCUACGUACAGGGCCUCUGGAACAAGGCUGACUGGAUCGAGUUUUUGGAACAACUCCGCGCGGGUGUGUUUAGUAACACCAGGCCUCCUAAGCCUCCCGCCAUAGACCCUCUAUUUUCAUUUUUGCCAGCUAUGGAUCCUGUGAACGAGGAAGGAAGGCUAGCUUCAUUGUUCAACAUCGAACGUGUUUGGACCCCUCGUCAAGAAAGCAGGGCAAAGGAGCUUGUGAAAGCCUCGAAGGAAGAAUUCGCAGUCACAGGAGUAUCUAUCAGCCUAAUCGACAACAGCAAUGAAAUUCUCAAGGCCGAAACUACCUAUAAUUGCCGAAUGAUAAAGCGAUCGGUGAGCAUUGCAGCUCAUGCUCUAUUGACCACCGAAGUCUUGGUAAUCCUCGAUACCACAAAGGACUGGAGGUUCGCAAAAAAUCCGCUGGUGUUAAAUGAGCCAAAAAUCAGGUUCUUUGCCGGAGCACCCAUUCUUUCCAAGAACGGUGAAGCCGUUGGAGUAUUCGCCGUCUUCGGGCGCGUGCCGAGAGACUCUUUCCCGGCGCUGCAGCGACACAGCCUGAUUGACUAUGCGGCCGUGUGUGCUGCCGAGCUCAAUACAAUUCUGGAGAAAUCGUUUUCAGAACAAAGCCUUCACUCGCUUCAAUCAGAAGCUAUUACUGAGGUAUGGGAUCCGACUUGCCUCCAGGGCGAACCAACGCCCAGACCUAGAAGUCUGUGGAUGCAUGAAGAAACUCAUCGCUUGCUUUGCGGAGAGCCGCGAGAGGAUGAAAAAGACAUCAAAUACCCUACCACGUUCGAAGAGCUUAUGGCGGGAUUUGCUACUGAAUCCGAGGACGAGGACACAGCACGUGACUCCGAAGAACAGCUCCUGGCACCAUAUAAGAAUGGAGCCCAUGCCAAUGUCACAUAUUCUUCUGUUGAUGUGAACUCGAGUACCCCAGCAAAGGAGAGGUAUACUGCGGUAUCGGAUUAUGCACUCCUCGGGAGUGAUAAUGAGGGGCCGGACUCCCCUCUUGGAGGACGCUCCAAUCGGGGAUCGGAUUCUCCCGCUUCAGAGGGUUUUGUUUGGAGACCAGACUCCCCCACUUCACAAGGUCUCACUUGGGGACCAAAGUCUGCUCUUCCGACUGAUUACCUGGUGAGACCACAGUCUCCCAUAAUGAGGAGUUGCACGCCGAGGCCGUACUCGGUCUCAGAUCUUACUUCGACGGCCGGAGAACCCCACGAGAAUACACCUGCAGAACGCGAAUUCGAUAAGCUGGAGGCUUCAUCCCAGAAAGUGCAAGGUGUCGUAGACGGUGCUAUUUCAGCUCUCCAAUCCGAAUUUCCGGACGCACCUAUCCGAAGACAGAGGAAGAAGUCGAUUCGCAGCAUCUCACAGUAUGAAGCAGAACUCAAGAGGCUUAAGAUGGAGAGCGAUAUCCGUGAGGCUCACAUUCAAGCAACAAAGAUUGAUGGCUCCAGUUCAACCGUCGUUACUGGAAGCUCCAAUACCUCCGGACAACCAUCGACGCAAGCAACAACUCUUCCUACUUCGUUCAACACUCGGAUGUCUACGCUGGAAUUUGCGGAUACACACAGGCGCCCAGAAGCUGAUGCCGCUGCGAAGUCUGUUGCUCUUAGCCUGAAAUUCGACAGAGUAUAUGUCGCUGAGAUUUUUCCCAGCAGCGAUCUCAUGACGCCAGGCAGAGCGGCUGUCACGGGUAUGGGUGUGAGGAUACUAGCAUCCCACAAUUGUCCCCAUGAUAUGAUCCUCGAUACGGACUUUCAUUUGCAGGUCCUCCGCAGCCCGCUCGGUGCUAUGAGUUGGCACGACAAAGAUGCCCUUCCUGGAGCCACAGACAAAAGCCUUUUGAUCCGUCUUCAUUCCAAGGGUCCUUAUGGUGUUUCACGAGACCUCCACACUGGAGGCAUUGUAUACGGUGCAGUUCAUCUGGCGCAGUCGCAGGGUGGGGAUGAUGCUGGGAUCACCAACCAGGAGCAGGCUACAAUCUUUAACGCGGCCAAUGCGAUGAAACUAAUCUUAUUCAAGAAAAAUGAUAAGAGAGAGCGCAAAGAUAGCUCAUGUGUCAAUUGCAACACUCCUUCUCAUGUGGGCACUCAUACUGCGCCUGCUGCAGCGAGCAAGGCCGAAGGUGCUGGGCCUGAGCACUCUAUUCCAUCGACAAUGGAGACUCCAAAGGCUAAAGACGCUGGACCUAAGCUUCCCAAUCCUGUUUCGGCAUUUGAAGCUGAAUAUGAAGAUUACCCCAACGCGAUAAGUAUGGAGAGUGUGCAGGAGGCUACCAAAGCCGUGGCAGAGGUUAUGAAGUUCAAUAUGGAGGAGAUCUUGUCCCCUCAAUGGUAAUAUUCGAUGUCGGCGUAUAUAUACCUCCCAGAAUCAAUGGGGGUCUUUCGUUUCGAGCGACUAUACCGACUUAUACCAGCGAAAUGCACCUUGUGUCCAACUAGACAUACUUUUAUUAGCAGUUUGUCAUGAUGCAAACUUGCUGGGGUUUUAAUUGUUUGGCUACUUCGGUGUAAUGGGCCGAGAAUCAUGUUGCUGUGUUUGCUACCAGACAACAGCAACUGGGUGCAAGUUUACUGCGCCGCCAAUGACCCAAUCGUCGACAUACAUCGCCGGAAAUUCACUUGUACAGAUUACAACUUUACUUUCAUUUUCUCAUUCUUUCUUUACUGUUCAUGGUUCGUGGUUUAUGGUUUACGUUUUAUGGUUCAUGGUUUAUGGUUC